AUGUUCUCUCGAGGUAAUGAAUUCUGCGUCACCACAUGGCAGCUAAAAGACAACGUUUAUGUAGAUACAAAUAUUACAGGUAAUUCAGCAACGGAAACUGGCAACCCCGACUACGUGCCGUAUCGGGCGAUCGAUGGAGCGACGCUCACAAUGCGCUGCCGCCAUGUUGGUGCCGUCACAAUACAUCCGCCUUUGUCUAAUUAG